AUGCUCCCGCUCGCUGUGUCUCUCCGUCUCGCCGGCCGCGCUGCGGCCCGCCGCGCUCCGUCCGCCGCCGCGUCUCGCACACCGACAGCGCUGCAGUCGCGACGAGGCGACGACGACGACGACGACGACGCGUCGCGCUCGACGCCCACCGCUGUGGCGCUGGACAAGGGCUUUGUCGACCAGCAACCGCUCGAGGAGUUCAACCUGUCGCUCGAGACGCAGCGCAACUUGCACCGCGCGGGUGUGACGCACCUGUUCCCUGUGCAGACGCAGUCGUUCGACGUGAUGAUGAAGGGCGCGGACAUUAUGGGCCGCUCGAAGACAGGCUCGGGCAAGACGCUGGCGUUCGCCUUGCCAAUCAUUGAGACGAUCGUGGCGAACCGCAAGACGUCGCGCAAUCCACAGGCGCUGGUGCUGCUGCCCACGCGCGAGUUGGCGCAACAAGUGCACGACGAAGUGCACCGCGUGGCGCCGCAGCUCAAGAUCGUGAACGUUGUCGGUGGGGUCUCGUACACCGUGCAGGAGAACCACUUGCGACGGGGCGUCGACAUCCUCGUGGGCACGCCGGGCCGCAUCAUGGACCUGGUGAACAAGGGGUCGCUGUCGCUGGACGACGUCGACGUGUCCGUGCUGGACGAAGCAGAUAUGAUGCUCAAGUUUGGCUUCCAAGAAGCCGUCGAGACGAUUUUGGGCUGGGUGCCGGAAGGCGGGCAGACUGUCAUGUGGUCGGCCACGUUCCCCAAGUGGGUGAGCUCCAUGGCCGCCAAGUACCUGAAGACGCCCGUGUCGAUCGACCUCGUGGGCGACGUGGACAACCAGGUGCCGACUACUGUCACGCACAAGGCGAUCAACGCGCCGAUGCGCGAUCGUAUUCAGGUGCUGGAGAACGUGCUGCGGCUGCACGCGCACGACGGCAAGACGUUGGUGUUCACCGAGACGAAGAAAGAAGCGGACGAGAUUGCCAACUCGUUGGCUGGUCAAGACGCGCGGGCGCUGCACGGCGAUCUCUCGCAGGGCAUGCGGACGUCGACAAUGAACGGCUUUCGCAGCGGCCACGUGAAGACGCUCGUGUGCACGGACAUUGCAGCUCGCGGCCUCGACAUUGCCAAUGUAGAGCUGGUCGUGCAAUACCGUCUGCCGAGCGACAAGGAGAGCUUUGUGCACCGCGCGGGACGCACAGGGCGUGCUGGGCGGUCCGGGACGAACAUUGUGUUUUUCGAUCGCCGAGACGCUGGCGAUGUGCUGGACUUUGAGCGUCGGUACAAGUUCAAGUUCACGCACGCAGCGUCGCCUCGUCCCGAGCAGAUGAUGGAAGGGGCUUUGGAGGACGUGCACAAGCAGUUGGCGUCGCUGCCCAAGGCGAACGCGGAGCUGUUUGAGGAAGCAGCCACGACGAUGAUUGACGAGCAAGGACCAGGGGCGCUGAGCGCAGCGCUCGCCCUGCUGUGCGGUUUCGACGCGAAGAAGCUCGUGACGCUCUCGAUGCUGACGGGUCGCUUCCGCAUGCAGACCGUGCAAGUGGAAGGCAUUGACAGUGCACGCGAACUGAACCGACUGCUGUCGUCGUUCAUGGACGAGCGAGUGGAUGUGUACCCGGUGGAAGAUGGCAAGCUCGUGUUUGAUAUCCCGCAAGGACAAUUGGGCAAGUUGCAAGAGCAUUUGACUGCUGCGUCGCCCGGUGAAGAGGUGACUGUGACAGCAGCUGUGGAGUUUCCCCGCAUGGUGAUUGACCGAGCCGACCGCAACAGCACUGGCAGUAGCCGCUUUGGCUCUCGAGGGUUCUCGAAAAACCGAUUCGGAGACAAUCGACGUGAUGGAGGAGGCAGCAGUCGCUUUGGAGGCUACCGACGUGACAGUGGCAGCAAUUGGAAGCGCAAUGACCGCGAAGGUGGCAGCAGCAAUUGGAAACGCAACGACCGCGACAGUGGGUUUCGCCGCAGCAGCAGUCGGGACGCUGACUCGUCGUUCUCGAAAAGCCAUUCGUCGUCCCGCAGCAACUUUGGCCGCUUUACGGAGUCGUGGUAG